CACUCGCGCCAGACGCCAGUACUCUGUAGCAGAAAGAUUUCAGCUAAAACCACGUGCUCGUUAGAAAUUACGUUUAUUGAUUGAAUUGAUCAUAAUAUCCACAUUCAGUGCAGUUUUAACCUAAAAGCCCACUCUGUAUUCAUUAUAAAUAGCAUUGAAAAAAAGCUUUUUCACAAUAAAAUGGCUUCAGUUAUUCGAGUUAAACGCAAGCGUGGAGAAGAUAAUUUAGACGCUUUGAAAAUUCUGUGUAAAAAACGAAGAACAAACGGUGAAGAAGCAGCUGCGUUGGAAACUGAAACUGCAAUAUUCACCUUUGCUGGCACUGUAGAAGAUAAACAUAACGAAGCUGUAGUUAAUAGAAUUCAAUCUACAAAGGAAGAAUUGCAAUCCCAGUAUAAGAAACACACCGUUGAUAUUGUCAAGAAAGUUAAAGAACAAACGAAACAAAAAUCAUGCCAAAAUCGGUAUAAAGUAGUCAAUAGUCUGCGACAGUUAGAUAAAACAGGAGAUGAAGAAUCAGAAUUUAACAUUGUAGACAUAGAAGAUGUCAACGCAUAUUCUGAUGAUUCAAAUGUAAAUUAUGAAUAUGAUUUGUAUUAUACUAAUGAUGCUGAUUUAGUAAUGGAUGAUGCUACAAUAGUUUUACAAGAAAUACUAUUUGAUUACGGAGAGAUUAAUUCUGAUCAAGAAUUUGUUUAUGAUGAUGAUGAUAAUUCUAAUUCUGAAUCAAAUUGGAAAAAUGAUUAUGGAGAAAACCCAGAUGGAGAAUCAGAUGGAGAAUUAGAUGGAAUAUCAGAUAAAGAAUCAUAUGUUGAUAAUUCUGAGGAAGAGGAAGGAUUGGAAAAAAUGGUUGACUGUAUGAAAAUCCACGAUGAUAGUAGUUCGUCAUGGUCUGAUAACGAUUCCAUUUAUGGAACGGAUGAUGAAGAUGAUGGCGGUCUUUUUGCCCAAUUUAAAAAAAAAUAUUGUAGAAGCAGCAGUUACUGCAGCGAUUCUAGUAGUAACAGUGAAAAAGAAUCAAGUGACUGUGACGCAGCGUUUGCUGGAGGUCGUGUUAAAAAAGAUACCUCAACGGGCGGCAAGCUAGCGCCUUCAAUUUUUGCCCGAAACCAAAAAUUCGAGGUUCCUCUUAAACUAGAUGCCAUUUGCUGGAGGUUGAAUCUGAAUAAUUGCAAAAAAUUAAAAAUUGAUAAAAUGGCGGAGAUCUUACUCUACGACGAACUACUCUUUGGUGUCGCCAUGUGUUAUACUGAUGCACUCAGAUGA